AUGCGUUUCGCCAUUGUCUCUGUUUCUGUCCUCGCUGCGCUUUCGCAGCUCGUAUCUGCCGUCCCCACACUCGAGCGCCGUGCAAGCGCCACCGAGAAGCCUACCAUCGGAUAUGCUGCCCAGGGCAGCACCACCGGUGGCAUUGGCGGCUCCACCAUCACCGUCACCUCCCUCGCCGCCCUCACCUCCGCCGUCGCUUCCGACAGCGCAAAGAUCGUCAUCGUGUCCGGCACCAUCACCGGCAACACCGUCGUCAAGGUCGGCUCCAACACCUCCCUCCUCGGCAAGUCCGGCUCGUCGCUCGUCGGUGUCGGACUGCGCGUCAACAAGAAGAACAACGUCAUCAUCCGCAACCUCAAGAUCUCCAAGGUCCUCGCCAGCGCCGGCGACGCUCUCGGCAUCCAGGAGGCGUCCAAGGUCUGGGUCGACCACGUGGACCUGUCGUCCGACCGCGACCACGACAAGGACUUCUACGACGGACUGCUUGACGUCACGCACGGCAGCACCUUCGUGUCGAUCACGAACUCGAACCUGCACGACCACUACAAGGCGUCGCUGGUGGGACACUCGGACAACAACGAGUCGGAGGACAAGAAGAUCACGGUGACGUAUGCGCUGAACCGGUUCUCGAACCUGAACUCGCGCAUGCCGUCGUUCCGAUUCGGUACCGGACAUCUGUUCAACAACUACUUCGUGAACUCGAACGACGGCAUCAACACUCGCCUUGGUGCUCAGCUGCUGGUCGAGAACAACGUAUGGGAGGGUGUGAAGAAGCCUCUGUACGCGACCGACAACGGGUUCGCGGUCGCGCGCGGAAACGACUUUGGGGGUGCAUCGAACAGCGCUCCUACCGGCACAUUCAGCAAGGCUCCGUACAGCUACACUCUUCUGGAUGCGGGCAAGGUCAAGUCGACGGUGUCGUCGUCUGCUGGUGCGACGCUCGACUUCUGA